GCAAUCGCGUGGCUUCCGUUCCGAGAGGGCGGGCCAGCUUCCCAAACGGAAGGUGGUGGUCGCUGCCGGAGCUUGUUUGAAACUGGUGGUCGGGCCAGGCGGUGUGUGUGUGUAGCAGAGGACCCGCUGGAGGGCUAGGCCGUUCCUGAGCGCCCCGGUCCCGCCUCCUCUCGGACCCGCUGACCCAAGCCGGGCUCCCCGCCCGUCUCCUGCCCCAGCCCGCCGCCUCUCCGGCCGGCUCCGCGGCCCAGCCGCCACCAUGUCCCUGCACGGCAAACGGAAGGAGAUCUACAAAUAUGAAGCGCCCUGGACUGUCUACGCCAUGAACUGGAGCGUGCGGCCCGACAAGCGCUUUCGCCUGGCGCUGGGCAGCUUCGUGGAGGAGUACAACAACAAGGUUCAGCUUGUUGGUUUAGAUGAAGAGAGUUCAGAGUUUAUUUGCCGAAACACCUUUGACCACCCAUACCCCACCACAAAGCUCAUGUGGAUUCCUGACACAAAAGGCGUCUAUCCAGACCUUCUGGCGACGAGUGGUGACUAUCUCCGUGUGUGGAGGGUUGGUGAAACAGAGACCAGACUGGAGUGCUUGCUGAACAAUAACAAGAACUCAGACUUCUGUGCUCCCCUGACCUCCUUUGACUGGAACGAGGUGGAUCCUUAUCUUUUAGGUACCUCAAGCAUUGACACAACCUGCACCAUCUGGGGACUAGAGACCGGGCAGGUGCUGGGUCGAGUGAAUCUCGUGUCUGGCCAUGUGAAGACGCAGCUAAUUGCCCAUGACAAAGAGGUCUAUGAUAUUGCAUUCAGCCGAGCUGGAGGUGGCAGGGACAUGUUUGCCUCUGUGGGUGCGGAUGGCUCUGUGAGGAUGUUUGACCUCCGCCAUCUGGAGCACAGCACCAUCAUUUACGAAGACCCACAGCAUCACCCACUGCUUCGCCUCUGCUGGAACAAGCAGGACCCUAACUAUCUGGCCACCAUGGCCAUGGAUGGAAUGGAGGUGGUCAUUCUGGAUGUUCGAGUUCCCUGCACACCUGUUGCCAGGCUAAACAACCACCGAGCAUGUGUCAAUGGCAUUGCUUGGGCCCCACAUUCAUCCUGCCACAUCUGUACCGCAGCGGAUGACCAUCAGGCUCUCAUCUGGGACAUCCAACAGAUGCCUCGGGCCAUCGAGGACCCUAUCCUGGCCUACACAGCUGAAGGGGAGAUCAACAAUGUGCAGUGGGCUUCAACUCAGCCUGACUGGAUUGCCAUCUGCUACAACAACUGCCUGGAGAUACUCCGUGUGUAGUCUUGGCGGCACCUCACCUACCAGGCCGGGGCUUGUGUGUUUCAGCCUCUGCCCCUUUCCCUCCCCACAUAAGAAGAACAUGUUUCCAGUGGCCAGUAUGUCUAUUGUUGCUUUACACCCGCUGUGUCCAGAAGCUGCUGUAGGAGUCCAGGCCAGUUGCCCUCGCUAUCUGUGCAGGACUGUGCUGUGUGGCGCACCGCAAGCCCAGCGUUGGGUUUUGCGAUUUCUCUCCUUUCCUCUUCUUUGCUUCUUCAAUUAAACAUUUCUGUAUAUCUGUUUGUCAGCUGUUGUGUUCAUGAACACUACAAGCACUGGCUCUGUCUGUUUACUGCCUGAGGUAGUAGUCCAUGUCUUGUCCCCGUCCGUGUCCGUGUUAGCACUUAAGUGGGAACAAAUGCCAGUUUCAAAUUGUCUUUCCUCCUGGUAUCAGUGUCUUUUAACAAACCUCAACUUUGUAUAUUUUUAUCUAUCAGCCUAAUUUUGUAUGAAAAGAAUUUACUCUUCCUGGCUUCUUGGUUUCACAGUCCUCCCUCUUUGUACCGUCCUCUCCUCCCUCAGGGCCUGCAGUGGGUACUGGGCCCAAGAGCAGUUUGCCUUCCUGAGUCACUGCCUGCGUGGCACACGGCCAGGAGUUCAGAACUGUGAGGUGCUCUAGAGACUUCUGACUCACACCUUUCUCAGUCUGGGUCUCUUGAAGGCCUGACAGGCCCAGGACAGACAUAAGAAGCCUUCUCUUCCACCCUCAAGUUCCUCUCUCUGGCCUCACUGAUGAGGACUGGUAGAACAGACAUAAGCAGUUGACUAGGGGCCAGGCUGAGGGAGAAUGUUUCAGGAAAGCUGAACUUAACGUUGUAUUUCCAGUACCUGGUUUCAGAAUCUAUUUUUCCAUUUUAGAAAGACCCGUAGCUAAGCUUCGGUAUCUGGUGAGUUUCUUCUGCCUGGUGGGAUACUGGCCCAUCCCUGGACGAGAGACUCCUGACCCUGAACAAGAUCUUUAGGUUGAUACAGACAAACAGCUCUCAUAAAGGAUGGACUGAUCAGCUGUGGCGAUCUCAGGGCCAGCCAGACAAGAUCUGCCAGCACUGGCCCUCCCCUCAGUCUAGGUUCUGAACAGUAUUGGACUUGGUAGGCUGCAGUUGGCCGUGCUGACUUACAGGCCUCAGGUGACUGUUUCCGUUACAUGAAUGGGUUCCAUGGAGGGGACUUUUAUGGUUCUGACUUUAGAUGAGUCCCUGGCAGAUUAGGACAUGCUCUGGGGAGAGUUUGCCUGGCUCGUUUUCUACUGAGCUACCUGAAGGUUUCUUACAUUCUCUGACACGAGGAGAGUAGUGUGCCUAAAAUCUGAUUGUUUUGCCCACUUAGCUGUCAUUGCUGGAGAAGUAAAUGCAGAUUCAUUGUUGUGGCACCUGGACUCUGUGGCUUAGUCUUGGCUCGAUUCCUGCAGCUGAUGCAGCUGUAUGCCAAAAGUCUUAGACCGCUCACUGCAAAGGGGCUUGUCCCAAAGGAAAGGCAUUUUCAGUCAGGGUGUUUCCCCUUGGCCUUUCUGGUUUGUCAUUCUGAUUUCUGGUCUCUGGCUGGCCAUCUGCUUGAGAUUAAUUUCAUGUGCUAACAUGUGCUUUGCCCUGUAUCAUUUGCAGAUAGAGAGCACGAUUUGUGGUUACCUCUGUUUUUAGUGGUGUGUGCGAGCUGUUGUCACAGGGUCCUGAGGGUAGCAGGCAUGCCGAUGGUUGCUCUGUAGGAGCCCCCAGUUUCUCCCUGUGCUGAGUCUACGGGGAGCCAGAGUGAUAGUGGCUGCCUGGGAUGGGCCUCUGUGCUGGGUGGGCUUUAACCUGCGCUAAAUGAUGAGAUUUGUCAACUGGCACUUGAAAACAAAGUUUUUAAAAAGUUGAUAGUAGUUGCUAGAAUAAACUUGUAUGAGGUGCUUUGGAAACCAGCUAGCUACCUGUGAUCUUUGCUUGCUCUGUGGAUGCUUGUCAUCUUUCUUUAGCCUGCUUUUUCUGCCCUCCAUUUGGUCCAGGUAAGACUCUUGCUGUCUCCACCUUCAAAUCCCAAUGCACCACAGUUGCAGAGCUGCUGACAUUCUGAAGUGCCGGCUUUCUCGCCCUCCCUUUAGAGCAUGGAUUGGUGGCCCUGUGGCCGAGGAAGAGAUUUCUGUAGCCUUGAGAUACAGAAAGUCACUCAGUCUGCCAUGCUUCCAGAAGCACGGGUCUAUUAAAAUUUGGAAAGCUGAUCUUAAGUUUGCCAGGUCUUAGACUGACAGGGAGGAGGGUGGGGACCUCCAGACCCAUUCUGCUCCAGGCUCUGGUGUGGCUGCAGUGCUAUUUGAAUUUGACUUUGGCAUGCUAAACUGGAGGCUCUGGCUGUGCUUCUGUGUCUGCUGUGUGGUGGUUUCAUGCUCAGUCAGAUUAGCAGAGAUGAGCUGCUGAAUGGGUCGGAGGCCUUCAUGGACUUGAGAGCUUUUCCACAUAGGAGAUUGGAUCUCUCUCCUGGCCUGCAAGGUUAGGACUUAAAGAGUGACGACACCUGACAACUGGGUGGUAAUUUUCUAUCAAAAUCAGGAAAUACUAGAAAACACAGGGCCUGAGGGGAGGAACAUUAAGAAUGUCUGUCUCAUAGUUAUGAAGUGAUCCUGUACCUCAGCCUAGGUUGGCCUUCCAGUACCAUCCAUGUCACUGGGUAACUGGAUAACUAGGAACAGGGUGACAGCUAGGGGCAGAGAGCACCUUCCUACAGCAAGGCUGCUACAGGUGAUGUCUGGUUGUUAAGAUCUAAGUAUUGGGUGUCCCGUGACAGUACAUGAUGAUACUGUUUAUUUUGUUUGAGACAGGGUCUUGCACUUAGGGUCCUCUCACUAAAGUCUCCCUGAGUGCUGGGAUCACAGGCCUAUGCCACUAUCCCCAGCAUCCAUGGCUCUUCCUGUAGAUCCCCUUCUCCAUUUAUCUUCCCUUUGCCUUUUCAUUUUUCAUUGUGUGUGUGGGGGGAUCAAACGCAGACCUUCACACAUGCUAGGCAAGUGUUCUACCAUUGAACUACACCUCUAGCACCUUCUCUGUCUUUUUCCUUUCCUUCUCCUGUUACCUUUCCUCUGUAGAAUGUUCUCCCAGAUGUAUCCUGAGCCCUAGAUUCCUGGGCUGUAAGGACUAUGGAGUUUACCAAGCAUGGGUAAGCAUUUUGAAAAUAUGGCAGUUCCUUCAAUUGCUUGGCUUAGGAUAGAGAGUACCAUUGCUAUAGAGGCCUCAAAAACGCAAGUCUCCUUUAGAGCCUGUGUCAGGGUGAGGAAGGCGGGGCAUGCUGGUCUUUAGAGCCUGUGUCAGGGUGAGGAAGGCGGGGCAUGCUGGUCUUUAGAGCCUGUGUCAGGGUGAGGAAGGCGGGGCAUGCUUGGCACUUAGGUUGGAUUUUCUGAGAGGAGAGUUGACCUGAGCAGUGUCACCAUGAACCCUGAGCCAGGCUUUCUCAGUUGUCCUCUCUGCUCUGGUGAGGCCAUAGCUGAGUGUCUCAUGCCUCAGCUUGUUCACCUCACCCAACUACAUCCUCUCUUCCUCCCAUACUGUCACUGCUGCCAAUGGUCAGAUUGUCAAGCAUGUGGCAUUAUGGGAUAGACAAGCUUCUUGGGCUGCUGUCUGGGUGUCACUUUUUAAAUAUGGAAACAUACAGAUGUCUUCUCUAAGAGGCUUGAACUAAUGUGCCAGCCAGAAACAAUAAGCUAAGGGUAGUUUGAACUCCAGAAGAAAGAUGUGACAGUCUGGGUGACAGCUGGAAAAUGUAUGAGCACCCACUUUUGGGACAGCUCAGUGAAGCAGAACUGUACUAUCGACUGUUGAAAGAAAUGUUCUCACCUUGGGCUGAUUGUUAUGUAUAAUGUGUUGGAAAACUGUUGACCUGAAGCUUUGAAUUGCUUUAGUCAAAUGAGUCGCUUGCUUUGGUCCCGUGUGUUUUAUAACCCUUCCAUCAGUGACUUUCCCUUGCCCCACCCUGAGUGUGAAUUAUAGCAUGAUUGUACAAACCUCUGUGUAGAAAAUGGAGAUUUCUUGUUCUACAAAAUGUUAAGCUCUAACUGAUCCAUUUCUGUGCCCUUUAGUCUCAUGUGUAUGAACUUACUUUCUUAAAUAUUUAAACUUCCCUUCUGCUCUAAAGCUUUUGUGGCAUCCCUUGUUCAGGUGGAGAGGAAGCUGCCCCCUUGCAGAACUGUACUGUAACCAUUUCUCCUUUAUAAAUAUUAUUUUCACAGGGCUGAUUGUAUACAGGGCUUGUAAUAAAAUUUUAACACUGUGCUGUGAACGAGCUUAGGAUUCUCCACCAGAGGCCACCUGAAAAGCACCGAGAGUGGAGUGUUCUUUCUGUGACUUUACUUCUUCGUUCUGUUUCAGCCUCCUGUAUAAGAAGUACCGUAUUUUCUGCCCAUCAUACUUUGUAAUAAAACUUGAACAUGUAUAGAUUGAA